AUGACUGAGGCCACCAAGAAGGAGCACCACCACACCACUCCCAAGCUCGACACCGAGGAGAAGGAGAUCCUUGGUAUCACUACCAUCGACUCUGACGAUGUCGAGCAGCUGGACGCCCACAGCGCCUAUGCCCAGAUCAGCGCCGUCGUCCCCACCACCGACGACCCGUCCGUGCCCUGCUUCACCGUCCGUGCCAUGUUCCUGGCCAUCCUCUUCUGUGUCAUCACCUCGGCCGUCAACGUCAUUCUGUCCUUCCGUACCAACGCCUUCACCGUCCCUGCCUACGUCGCUGUGAUCAUCUCGUACCCCAUCGGUAUCUUCUUUGCCAAGGUCCUCCCCGAUGUCCGCUUCAAGCUCUUUGGCGUCGAGAACUCGCUCAACCCCGGCCCCUUCUCCAUCAAGGAGCACGUCCUGAUUUACAUCAUGUCCAACGCCGGUACUCCCUACGGUAUUGACAACGUCGUCGGCCAGGUUUCUCCCCUCUACCUCAACGACACCUCCAUCCAGAUCUGGCAGUCGAUGCUCUGGAUUCUUGCCACCCAGUGCCUCGGUCUCGGCCUCGCUGGUAUGGCCCGUGAGUUCCUGAUCAAGCCCGCCGCCAUGUACUGGCCCGGCAACAUGGGUAUCCUUGCCAUGUUCGCCUCCUUCCACGACGAGACCCAGAAGUCCGCCGACUCCACCUCCAAGUACAAGACUUCCCGUUUCAAGUUCUUCUGGAUCGCUUUCACUUGCGUUCUCGUCUGGUACUUUGUCCCUGGCUUCAUCGCCCCCGCUCUCCAGGCCAUCUCCCUCCUCUGCUUCUUCAACUCUGACCCCAACAGCCUCGUCGAUAUCUUCGGCUCGGCCACCAACGGCGUUGGUAUCCUGGCCCUCACCCUCGACUGGUCCCAGUUCAACGGCUUCGUCUCGCCCAUGACCGCUCCCUUCUGGGCCAACUGCGUCGUCAUCAUUGGCUUCAUCAUCUGGUCGUGGAUCAUUGUCCCUAUCGCCUACGUCAACAACGUCUGGGACGGCAAGUACGUCGGCUGCAAGCACCCCGGACCCAACGGCUGUGGUUUCCUCAAUGGCAACGGUCUCUUCAACGGCUCUGCUCUUGGCCAGCGCCUCAGCGGCCGCAUCCUCCUUGACCCCACCACCUUUGACCUUGAUCCCGUCAAGUAUGCCACCGCCGCUCCCGUCCAUCUCGGCAUGUCCUUCAUCUUUGUCUACGCCACUUCCUUCAUCUCCAUCACCUCCUCCAUCACCCACGUCGCCCUCUGGUACGGCAAGGACAUUGUCCGCCAGGCCCGUGUUGCCCUCAACCAGCUCAAGGAGGAUGCCGAGCACCAGGACAUCCACAACAAGCUCAUGGCUGCCUACCCCGAAGUCAGCAACUGGGUCUACCUCGGCAUCUUCCUGUCCUCCACCGUCCUGAUGCUCCUCGUCGGUGCCUUCACUCCCUACAGAAUCCAGUGGUGGGGUGUCCUCUUUGCCGUUGCCCUCGGUGUCGUCUUCGUUAUUCCCCUCACCACCAUCACUGCCCUCUCUGGCCAGUACAUUGGCCUCAACGUCCUGACCGAGUUCAUCAUGGGUCUCCUCGUCCCCGGUGAUAUGAUUCCCGUCAUGUCCUUCAAGUCGCUCGGCUACAACACCAUGAUCCAGGCCCAGACCCUCCUCAACGAUCUCAAGAUCGGCCACUACAUGAAGGUUCCUCCCCGCGCCAUGGUUGCUGGUCAGGUCAUCGGCGCCAUCCUCUCUGCCCUGGUUUGCGUCCCCGUCGCCACCUCCUUCACUCUCUCGCCCCUCGUCGGUAAGGGUAACUGGCAGGCUGCCGGCUACGGUGUCUUCUACUCUGCCGGUACGAUUUGGGGAGCCAUCGCCCCUGCCCGCUUCUUCGGCAACGGCGCUCUCUACCACGACAUCCUCUGGGCCUUCCCCGUUGGCCUCGUCGCCCCCAUCCUCCCCUGGCUCGGAAACAAGAUCUACAAGCACCCCUACUGGCACUUGGUCAACGUUCCCAUCCUUGUCUCGUGGAUCGGUCCCCAGAGUGGCAACCAGGUCCUCGUCGUCGUUCCCUUCAUCGUUGCCUUCGUCUCCCAGUACUACCUCUUCCGCUACAAGAACGAGUGGUGGAAAAAGUACAACUUUGUCCUGUCCGUCGCUCUCGACUCUGGUGUCGGUAUCGGUGCUACCCUCCUUGGUGUCCUCCAGCUGCUCUUCCUCCAGACCGAUGAAGAUGGCAACCCCAUUGGUGGUUUCCUGAUGCCCAACUGGCUCCUCAACCCCGCUGCCAACCUUGACUUCUACUGCUUCGGCACCGACUACAUGGGUAACCCCCUCAGCAAGUAA